AUGGAUGAGUAUUCUGCAAGGUUUAAGGAGUUAAUUAAGUUUUGUCCUCAUUACAACACUGCUAAUGCUGAGAGAUCUAAGUGUCUUAAGUUUGUGAAUGGCUUGAGACCUGAUAUUAAGAAGGCCAUGGGUUACAAACAGAUUAUGAGAUUUCCUGAGCUAGUUAACAAGAGUAGGAUCUAUGAUGAAAAUAGUAGGGAGAGUACUUCUCACUACAAGUCUUUGAGUGAUAAGAGGGGAAAAGGUCAAUUCAGAGGAAAGCCAUAUGCUGAUAAGGGGAAGCAGAAAUCUGGUUAUGACAGGAAGUUGAGUGGGGGAGGAGCUCAUACUCUGAUUAGGUGCUACAAGUGUGGUGUUAAAGGACAUCGUGUUUCUGAAUGUUCAGGUGCUGAAGUGAAAUGUUUCAAGUGUGGAAAGCUAGGUCAUAAAGCUAAUUACUAUAGAGGAGGUAGGAAUGUGAAUCUUUACAACUGUGGUGAGCAAGUGCACAUUAGUACCAGGUGUGACAAGCCGAAGAAGGAACAAGCUAAAAGGAAAAUGUUUGCUUUAUCUGGUUCUAAGACUGCUGUUGAGGAUAGACUAAUCAGAGGUACGUGA